AUUCAACCCCACAUUCAACACAGCCUCAAUCACAAUUUGCACCAACUAGUACUCAGAUAUUCAUUUUUCAACCAUGAUCAAUGCAAAAAGGCUAAUGGAAAUGGCAAGAAAGUGGCAGAAAAUGGCAGCAGGGAAACGCAAGAGAAUUUCAUACCCGAGACACGAAGUGAACACGCAUUCUAAUUCAGCAACAAACAAGGGUCACUUUGUUGUUUACAGCAUCGAUCACAAGCGAUUUGUUGUUCCCCUAAAGUUUCUUAGCACAAAAAUCUUCAGAGAGCUUCUAAAAUGGUCAGAGGAAGAGUUUGGAUUACCUGCAAAUGGACCUAUCAUGUUACCGUGUGAUGGUGUUUUCUUGGACUAUGUGAUUUCUUUAGUUCAAGAAUGCAUCCCUGAAGAUGUGGAGAAGGCUUUGAUCACAUUCAUGGCUGCAUGUCACAAUGACGCAUCAUCAUCUUCUAAUUGUAUUGGGCAAAAUGAUGAAAGAAUAAUUAUCUAUGGCUUUUGAAGAAGUAUAUAUAUAGAUCAUAGAGAUAGCUUUUGAAAAUCAGUUUUGUAAUUAAUUGGGAGAAGGAAACGACCAAUUUUUUUUUUACUAUUUUAAAUGAACUCAUUAUAGUUCAUAUAUUUACGAUACUCUGCUUUUAGCAUUUAUAUUUGAGACAUGUCAAUUGCAUAAAUAACAUUUUUU